AGUCAAACGUCGUUGUCAGAUUAGACCACUUGUGAUGUGCAUUUUGUGUUACUAUAAUACCCCUAGUAAAAAACUUGUUCAUAGUAAAUCAGAUUUACAGAGUAGGAAUAACUGUUGCAUAGUAAAAACUUUAUCAAAAUAUUGUAUCACAUAAGUAGUAGUAAAUAGUAAUAACCAAAACCAAAAGAUUGGUUGACUGUUUUCAGUUUUUCACUUUUCACCCUCCGGUAAGAUAAUAGCGAACGCGGCAGCAUGAUUCAUCAAUCAAACCCCCAUCCGACCAUGAAUCUGAUGAGAUCCUUUCUCCGGUCGCCAAAUCAACGCCGGCUGCUUCAAAAAUUCCACCACCACCACCACCACCACCACAGAUGCUCCUCCCCUACCCGAGCUAUCUCCACCGUUCCUCCCCCACUCAUUUGCCGCCGGAAGCAGGAUGAGUCCCAGUCCGAUCACAUAUCGCCUCGUCAUCGACCCCUUCCCGCUGCUUUCGCCGCCCGUUACCGCCGCAUCAGCAUGUGGCAAAGGAUUCGUGCGAACCCAAUCGAAUGGCCAGUGCGGUAUGCGACCCGUAAUCUGGCUAUUCAUUUUGUGCCGCCGGGCAAAGUCUCCAUCGUCGAGCGAUUCGGAGGAUAUACCAAGGCUUUGACUCACGGAACCCAUCUAUUGAUUCCCUUUGUUGACCGAAUUGUGAGCGUUUUAUCUGUAGAAGAGACGUCUGUCCCCUUGUUCCCAAUCGAAGCCUCUACCUGGGAUCGUAAGAGUGUUUCCCAGGACUCAGUACUUCAAUACCGGGUUUUUGACCCGGUGAUGGCAGCGAAUCCUGAUAACCCGUUGCGUUUACUGAUUCUAUUUGCUGUGGGGAAGUUUUGUUCUUCCAUCAGGUUGAUCACAUUGGACAAAGUUCCUGAAACUCUACACAGAAUCAACAAGGAGAUUCUGGGAAACCCCUUUGAUAGCAAAAACCAAUUCAUGCAACCGAAGGAGUGCAUGAUCAAAAGUUGCAAGAGAUCACUAUGAUGGGAGUGUUUAUGGAUGUAGUCCACUGACUCAACUCUAAGAAGAAAUACACCCAGAAUAUUUAGAAUCACAAAAUGAAGGGAAAACAAAAACAUCCCCACACUACAUUCUAUCUCUUCCCAUUCAGAUCCUUCCUCUGCUACGAAAUCCACAUUACCCCGCCAGCAAAUCACGAUGAGAUCCCUUUUCCGGCUGCUCCAACAAUUCCACCGCCGUCGUCGAUUCCGCUCCUGCGAUGAUGGCAUCCCCACCCCCUGGAAGUAAUGAUGUGUGCUGACCGAAUCGAAUGGCCUAGGAAGUACACGACCCCAAAUCUGGGUGUCCAUUUUGUGCCGCCAGGCAAAGUCUAUGUUGUGGAGCGAUUCGGAAGAUAUGCCAAGACUCUGACUAGUGGGACCCAUUUCUUGAUUCCUUUGGUUGAAAGGAUAGCAUACGUUUUCCCAUCGGAUCAGAUGUCUGUCCCCAUGCUUGAAAUGGGAGCCUGUACCCAGGAUUGCCGCUUCGUUUAUGUGGACUCACUACUUCACUGCCGGGUAUGAAUGAAUUUUGGAUUUUCUACUUCUAAUACUGAUUUAACCUCCUUACUAAUAAUACUACAUCCAGAAGCUUGUAAUUGAUCUAUUUUCCAUCUUACUUGAUGGUUUUGAUGGUUUUUGAAGGUUGCUGAUCCUAAGUUGCAGCCGAGUCUGAUGACCCAUUGUGUAGAAUGCUUUUACGAGCGUCAUUCAAGUAUACUUCGUCCAUCAGGGCGAUCACCGCGGACAAUGUGCUUGAAAAUUUGCCUAAAAUAAGCAGGGAAAUGUUGGUAAGCUACGGAUAAAAGUUGCCAGGCAUGGCCGUUUGCGUCUUUAGCACAGUAAUAUAUAGUUGUCCAAUUGAUGAUAUUUGUUAGAGUUUUUGUUGGGAGAUUUGUUUGAAUUAUUCUUUUCCUAAACUCAUGGUUGAUCGGCCAAUUUUCUUGAACUUGGUUGUUUCUUGUCCCUCAGUUUUGCUGGGGAGCAUUGGAGUUUGGAUUGCUUGAAAGAGCUUUCUAGUCUGGCCACUGGAUCAACCAUUUUUUUAUUAUUUUUGUGUAGGCUGUUAUGAAUGGACUAGGUAAGGAUUGGGGCUUGGAAUGUUUCUCUUUGGAAACAAGUAAGUCACAAGUUGGAUGCAUCCCUUUGAAUUUUGAGUUAUAAUUGAUUCUUAAAAUCUUUUGUUUGGUUUUUUGCGGUUUUCUGACAAGAGUGUGUUCGAUUUGAGUGAAACAAUGAAUGUGACUUCAACAAGAAGACAUAUUUCAGUUUCAGCAUGCAGCCAUUUCUCAUAAAGCAACACUGGUCACUGUAAUUCCAUACAUAUACAUCUUUGUCAUGUAUAUGUAUGCAAAUAUGAAUGUAAGGAUAGUUCUGUUUUAGUUUACCAACAAUUAUGUGGAUAUGGGAAAAUCAUGAGUAUUAAUCGACAAUGCUGAGGGAAAUUUAGAUAGUCAUCUUUGCUUACAUUCUACUGGGAAACAUGAUCCUUGUGCUGAAAAGAAAAACUAAUUUGUAAAUGUAGGUUGUACCUGAAAGUGGAAUCAAUCACCAGGAGUAGGGCGAUCACGUAAGUGUGUUCUUUUUUGCAACUAUUAUGGGAGUAGUUAUAGAUUUUGUUCAACCAACUUAUCCCAGAGAUGACUGUUGAAACCUUGUUCUUGUUAGUAUAUCUAUUAUUAUCAAGUAUGAAAGUACCCAAGUAGUGUUGCUUUACCAAGUGUAAAAGUAGUUUAAUUUACUAUUAAGUGUUAACAUUUUGAUGUCGUACCAACAAGUUCUGAUAAUUGAAAGCUGUUGGAAUAGCAAAAGUUUAUUAUUGUUCUACUACUAGCUAUAUAUUAGCUCUAGUUUUUAUUUAUGCUACUAAUUUUUCUAAAAAAGUGAACAAAAGAUUCCUAGAACUAAUACAACUUUUCAUGUGGUUUUAAAGUUCCCAUUCUAUUGAAAACUUUAGUAUAAGAUAGGAGUUAUUAUGGAUCCAAAACGAAACAAAAAGUAUUCCAUUUGGCGCGGAAAAGAUUGCUUACAAAAGAUAGAACAUAGCCUGGCUGCAUUUUCAAGUGGAAAACAAGACAUGUAAUUUGUGUGGAGAUCCAAAUGAGACUGCAGUUCACCAAAUCUUCUACUAUAAGCCCAUUUCCUAUACUGAGUUAUGGAAAGAACUUGUGGGAUGGUUGAAGCUCCAAAGGAUCAAUAGGUGGAGAUCGGAGGAAGUUGUAGUAUGUAUAGGAAAAGGAGUACAGCAGAGUGAAACAACGGCCCCUGUAUGCAGUUGCAUUCCCUUAGCCGCGUACAACAUACACAAAGGCAGAAACCUUGUCAUAAUAUUUGAAGGACAGAGAGACAGAAGUUGAAACUCGGAUGACAUUGUUUGCAGUGAUUGAUUGUAGCUUUGCUAGUAGCUAGGGGAUCAUUCAAAUAAAUUUUACCACCUAUCCUGCAAUGAUUAAUCACCAGGAUUUAAUUUGGUUAAGCCACUGGCUCAUGUAACCGAAAGGCAUCAAUCACGCAGAGCUGGUUCUGAGGGGAGGCGAUGAGUGCCUCGCCCAGGGCCCGGCCCAGUAAUAACUUAUUAGUAUUGUCAUCAUGGUUUAAAAGAGUAAAGAGUCCUUUUUUUUUCUUUUUUUUUCAUUUCGAUUCACAGCGUACCAAACCACCCUGUGAUCAGUACCUUGCAGGCUGCAGCAGUUAGAAGUUGCACCCUAAACUCUCUUAGGUUUUCUUUUUAUUGCUUCUGUUUGACAUAGUUCUUAUGUAGUUUUUGUAAGGUCGCCUUCAUGCCGUCCGUGAUCACAGGGUUGGAGUAGCCGACCAGCCGCCGGGAACUUUUAGUCACGCGGAAAAAAGGAAAAAAAUGACACGAUUUUUUGGAGUAAAAAAAGGCAAAUGUGUCUUCUUAGUACUAUUCUUUGCUGACAUCAUUUGUCUAGUUCAGCAUUCAUCAGUGGGUAGAUUUGAUAUUUGACUCACCAGUUAACGUGGGUUUUUUAUAUUUCUUCAAAAGACGAUGGCGUAUUUGAUGAUCGGAUAAACCUCGGGGGUAUAUUUGAUAUUAACCCUUUAUUUCUUUUAGUACCCCUCGAUGUUUACUGAAAGGAUAAAUAAUCCUCUAAAUUACGUUUAAAUAGACAAUUUAACCCUCUAUCAAUGAGAUAGUGACUGUUAGUAGAGUAAAAUGACAAAAGUAUUUUUUUUAAAUUAUUAUUAUUAUUAUAUUAUGGGUAGUUUGAAAAAUCACAUAGACUCCCAAGCUAUGUCCGAAUCUUGCAUGCCCU